CCAGAGCCUGUUUGUUAGCCGAAUUAGUUUUGAAGGAUUAACUAAGAAGGGGAUAAGAAAAAAAUAUGGUAGAAGGUUGAGAUUAGUUAAGGAAUGGUGAUAAACUCAUACUAUAAUCCUUCAAAGACUAAACAGAGUGUUGCCAAUUAUUCCUGUCAAUGACUUUAACGGCUGUUAAAAAAAAAGUGGGACCAAAUUGACUGGAAUUGAAAGAUUUCGGGACAAGGUUGAUAAAAAUAAAACACAAAGGACCAAAUUGACAAGAAGCACACGUUUCAUGGACUAUAAUUGUAGUUAUACCCCAUUUGCUCGAAUUUUUAUUUUAUUUUUUGAUAACGCAUUUGCUCGAAAUGAAACUGCUUUGAUAACAUAUCACCCCGCCAUUCAAGCUGUCACUGAACCGGUGAACCCUCUCUCUCUCUCCCUCUCUCGAUCGAUCGAGAAUCACUCAACCAAUUAGUGGAAACCCAGUUAUUAGAAUUGGGUAUUUUUGACUCGAUUCGUCAUGAAGGGGCCAUUUGGGGAGUUUUGGGGUUUAUGUUAGGGUUACCGGUACAAUCAGCCGAUUGAAUUCUUCUCUUUUUAUGGUCUAGAUUGUUGGGAUCCAUAGUAUUCUCCUCUAGCAUCUGAACACCCACGCCGAGAGCAUUCCAGGUCCAUAACAUGACAGUUCUGAAGAGGUACGUGCUAAGAUUAUUCAUAUCGCUGAAGUACAUUACAACAAAUGUUGUAGACAGAAACAAUGGACGGAUUGUCGCGACAGCGUCCACAGUGGAACAUUCCCUGAAGAGCACGUUGGAGUGUGGUAGGUCUUGCAAUGCAAAGGCAGCGGCAGUUGUGGGAGAUGUAUUGGCAAUGCGGCUCAAGGUGGAGGGUCUAGAGCAUGGACAGGGGAGGGGUAUCCAUGUUGAUGUUAACGAAGAGGUUGAGAAGAAAGGUUUCAAGAACAAGACUAAGAUUUGGGCCAUCGUAAAUUCUCUCAAGAACAAUGGAGUCAAACUCAUUCUUAAUGAUGAUGACAACCACGGUACCUCACGGCCCUAUAUUUGAUUAUGUAUCUAGAAGAUUCUUCUUUGUCUUUCUGUUGAUGAUAGAGAUAGAAAGCCUGGACAAAUAAGGGACCUUUGAUGUCGUGCUUUGUUUUUUGAAGUUAUUGUAAGUUUCUAUAUGGAGCAUACAUUUGUGCACCUGAUUUAGUAAGCAAAAGAAAUAAUAUAGCUUCUUCACUUAA